ACUGCUGUUCGAGAUAGGCGUCCCCGCAUCAACACCGUCGCAGUCAGCGGCCGGUCGACAAGAGCCCAGGGUACACCGCACCAGACGACCCGCCACGUCGCUCUUGGAUGAGAGGGAUAGCACCGGCGGUCCUAUUGCUGUUACACGGUGUUGCAGGGUUUGUCCCGCCGAAUCCUAGCUGCACUUCAUCGGCGCCUGCUGCGGCACCCAAGGGCAGCAGCAGCAGCAGCAGCAGCAGCGACAACAUUAAGCGAUCAUCCUCGCCCUUGCGAGGAGCAGAUAGUAUCAUGGCAUCAUCGUCAGGUGGCGCCGCGGCCGACCUUGAGAUUAAGAGUGAGACCGCGUGCUUCGGGGGCAGGUUGCUCAAGUGCGUGCACCAGUCGAAGGCCACCAAGACUCCGAUGACCUUCACCGUGUUUCUCCCACCCGCGGCGGCAUCCAGCGCUGUGCCGGUGCUCUACUACCUUAGCGGUCUUACCUGCACCGACGACAACUUCAUCCAAAAGGCUGGGGCACAGCGGAUCGCAGCCCUCAGGGGGGUAGCACUCGUCGCCCCGGACACGAGCCCGCGGGGUGCCGGAGUUGCUGGAGAGGCUGGGACUUCGGCACAGGGGCUGGGUUCUACGUGGACGCGACGGAAGCGGACUGGAAAGAAAACGCGAUACCGCAUGUACGCGUACGUGACGGAAGAGCUCCCGGCGGUCGUCGCCGCCAGCUUCCCGGCGGUGGACACGUCCAAAGCCUCCGUGUGCGGCCACUCGAUGGGCGGCCACGGCGCCCUAGUAGUGGCGUUCCGAAACCCCGACAAGUAUCGCAGCGUGUCGGCCUUUUCGGCGAUCUGCAACCCAGUCGAGUGCCCCUGGGGCAAGAAGGCCUUCUCCGGGUACCUCGGCAAGGACGAGGCCGCGUGGAAGGAGUACGAUGCGACGGAGCUGAUGCUCCGGGAUGGCCCCUUCCCGAGCCUCGGCAAGAUCCUUCUCGACCAAGGAUCCGCAGAUAACUUCCUCACAGCCGGCCAGCUCCUCCCCGAGGCCUUGGUGAAAGCCUGCGAAGACAAGGGACAGCCGUGUGAGAUGCGGAUGCAGGACGGGUAUGACCACAGCUACUUUUUCAUCAGCACCUUCAUCGAGGAUCACGUGAGCAUGCACGCCGACCGUCUCUUGGCAUGAGGGAAUGAAAACACACAAUGAAGCAGAGCCUAAGUAUGGAGAAGCCUGAGAGAGGAACCGAUGAGGGAAUGUAAGAGCGAAUGGAUUGAUGAAGGCUAUGAGUGCAUGCACAGAUGCACGAGGUCGUUGUAUUCGCGAGUUCCUCUACUGCAACGGCGUUAAUGCACUGCUGCUGUUGCUGUACGAAGGGUCGGCAGCACGACCGUAUUGUCUGUGUGACCUGGUACCGCAAAAAGUGAACUAUUGUUUGCGUUGAGGCUGGAACAAUUGGGUAAACAUGAUGCCCCCCCAGUAGUCUACUUGUGUUGUCGCCACCUUCUACCGCGGCCAGGGUCAGAGGUUCAGAUCCCGGCGGAAGCGAGUUUUUUGUUUCAAACUGUUUUUCUCUCUCGCUUGAUGUCCAUGGUGCUGGAAGCGUUAGUCUACUUGGUAUCCUCGUAACUUUCUACUGUUGUCAGGUCAGGGAUUCGCAUUCCGGCGUGAGUUUUUCUUGCAAAGUGAGAUUGUUCUCUCGCUUUACGUUCCUGGUAUGGAAGCGUACUGUAGUUCGGGUCAGCACUCCGAGGGAAGAGGGUGCUCCACUCUUCUCGCAUCAAGAUCGAUCGCAAGCACCGCAGGAAGGGGUGGAGGGAGAGGACCCGUUCUUCUGUGUGUUCACGGAUGGAUUCUACCCGGCAGAAGUGCUGUGAAGUGUGAACGCUGAUUUAUAUUUGAAGUGAUGAUAAUAUGAUACAAAAGGUAUGCAUGCAUCCAAGUUUUUUCAAGAAUGUUCUGCAGUUCCGAACCAUGCUUCGGUCUUCCGAAAGUACUUGAAGCUUGAAACUGGCACGAGUUUAAUGUGAAGAAAAACAAACAACAACAACAAACUACCGCAGUAGCGUUCGUAAGGAUGACAUAAUCCACCUCACGGACAAAAUCUAGCCAAGACUCAGUUCGUGGUCACAACAAUGCUAGAGCCAUCAGACGAUCUAAAGGACACACACUAUUAGCAAGGAAAGGGUACGCAAGCCCGAGGAGGUACACCUGCAAUCCCUGCAGCACGUUUGCAUGCUCACAACUGAACUACACGCCCAC